ACUUUUUAACCAGUCACCUUUAUCAAAUCCGAUAAAUCACAGCGAAUUUCGAAAUUCUGAAUGAAACGAACGUAACGGAAGGAAAAAGCUAAUCAAACGCGCAGAGUCACAGCAAAAUUUCGAAAAUUGCAUAGAGAAGAUUAAUAACAAAAAUAGGAAGAAAGUGAUUGAAUAAAAAUGUCAAAUUCAGUAAAUUGUAAUUGUUCAAAAGUACUUUUCAUCAAGGCAUGGGCUUUGGAAACGGUAUGGGCGAUGAAACCAAAAAACGGUGUGCUGAGACGACAGAUGAUUGCGAGUCUCAUCAGGCAAACGGUGAAAUCACACAUACAGGACAACAAUUUCCAAGACUACGAAGAUCGUUGCAUCUUCUGCCAGAAAAUUGUGCAUACGGUGAAGUUCUCGUCGUCGAAUUACUCGAGGAAUCAGGGAAACACUAGCCUGGACACGGAACAGACGAACGAAGAUUACGAAUUGGAGCUGGAACGGUUCAAGGAAAUCGUUCUGGAUAAGGAGGACUGACGAAACAUUUAUUUAUAAACAACAUCUUUAACUUGAGUUAAUACAAAAAAAAAAAAUAAAAUCUUGUCGAAACGGAAUGCAAUUUUCCAUUUGCACAUCAAUAAUUGUUCCAAAAACGAGCAGUUUUUUUUGGUAAUAAUUAAUGAUUGCAGAUAAUUACAAGGAAAAGUUACAUUCACGUUCGAUCCGAUGUACGUACUAUUUAUUUUUUAUAAAAUAUACAUUGUAAUAAAUGUUAACAUGAAGAAAA